UAAAACUAAUUUAAUUUAUUCUUCUCUUUUUCAGUGUUUCACUGGCAGGCAACAAUAAUGGGACCGCCGGACAGUCCAUAUCAGGGAGGCGUAUUCUUUUUAACUAUUCACUUUCCAACAGAUUACCCAUUUAAGCCCCCUAAGGUGGCCUUUACAACGCGUAUUUACCAUCCAAAUAUCAAUAGUAAUGGAUCUAUUUGCCUCGAUAUAUUACGUUCUCAAUGGUCGCCAGCACUCACUAUAUCAAAAGUUUUGCUGUCUAUUUGCUCUCUUCUCUGUGAUCCAAAUCCAGAUGAUCCACUUGUUCCGGAGAUUGCUAGAAUAUAUAAGACCGACCGUGAAAAAUAUAAUGAGUUAGCACGUGAAUGGACACGAAAGUAUGCUAUGUGAUGCGUUCUAGUAUGCCUAAUUGAUCCGUCAAAAUUAUAUAAAAACAUCAUAAUUACUACAAACGUUUGCUGCUACAACAUCCAAAGCAACCAACAAGAAAUGCAGUUCUCCAACAUGAAAAAUUCUAAUAGCAACACUAAAAUUUUUUUCAACAUAAGCAACAUCGAAAUGUUGAACAACAAUUUGGUUAAUUAAAUUUAUUACAAAAACAAUAUAAAAUGAAUGCAACAGUAAAUUAAUAAAUAAAAAAUAAAUAAACCAACAAAAAAGUAAAAAAAAAACAUCUAAAAAUUAAGCAGAGAAAAAUUUACAAUAAUUCAAAAAAAAAAAA